CGUUGUAUCAAACGUCAAAAAUAAAUUAAACAAUUUUUAUUUUUUUUAAAUAUUUAUUUUAAUUUUCCUCUCGAUUUCGAUGGAAAAUGUUAAACAACCUCUGUUUAUAAUGAGCGUUAAUCGUAAGGGUCAAAAUAUAUUUACGGAUCAAGCGGAUCCCACAAAAAGCUAUAUUUUUGACGAUGACGGUAAUUUAACCAGUGAAAGAGUUGAGGGGAUUAAAAAUGAAUCUUCUAGUAAUAACUAUCAAGAUGAGGAUGAUAGCAUAAUUCUUGAAAAUAGCAUGGAAGGAUUAAACGAGCCCACUCAACUUGAGAUGAUGGAUAGUUUGGAUGAAGUGAGUGGCUUUGAAGACAGUUUAAUGCGAGAAUUAGAUUCAGGGUUAUUAAAUAUUGAGAAUAACGAUCAUGAGAAUAACAUAAUCGUUUUACACAUGGAUAUUCGAGACCCUUUGAAUAAAUUGAAGCGGUUGUUGGAGCAAAAAGUUGGAAAGCGGUUAAUUGGGUUUGUGUUUUGCUUGCAAGGAACCCAAUUGUUAGAGGGGCACAAAAAUUUGGUCGAUCAAUGCGUGCAAGGUGAAGGAACGGUCCAAAUUAACGUCCAAUUACAACCACAUUUAAAUCGUAUCAAUAUAAUCGACGUUUUAAAGCCUGCGGACGAUUACAUCGAUAUCGAAGAAGAUGAAGAAGAUUCCAAAGAUGUUUGUAAAUCCGAAAUUAAGCAAAAUAUUAAAAAAGAAGACACAAAAAAGAACGUGGUUCAAUGGCAAGUUGAUGUUGCGUUUAAAAAGGAGCAAGAACGUUUAAAAAUUCCUUCCGACCCACAACAAUGGACCAUGUUACACGUUCGGCAUUGGGUGCAAUGGGCUGUGAGGCAAUUUAACCUCCCAAACUUAAAACUUUCCGAUUGGUCGUUAAACGGGGUCCAAUUGUAUAAAUUAACGCUCCAAGAUUUUCAAAAAAUGGUUCCAAACGAUCCCGGGGAUGUUUUUUGGACCCAUUUAGAGCUGUUGCGCAAAAUGAAAGUGGUCGCUAUCAUCAAGGAAACCCCCGAGGAUGUUAAAAAACAACCUAAAUUAAUGAAACAAAGUAAAAUUAAUCGAAUUAUUCCGAAUUACUCCUCGAGUCUCCCUCAUUUUGAGGUUAUUGGUGGGGGGAAUUCGGGGAAUCGUAGUGGAAAUAACGGACAAGUACAGUUAUGGCAGUUUUUGUUGGAGUUAUUAACGAGUCGGGAGUAUAAAGGGAUUAUUCAUUGGAUUGGGAAUGAGGGGGAGUUUAAGUUGAGUAAGCCGGAGACUGUGGCGCAUUUGUGGGGAGGGCGCAAAAAUAAGCCUACAAUGAAUUAUGAGAAGUUGUCAAGGGCGUUGAGGUACUAUUAUGAUGGGGAUAUGAUUUCGAAAGUGCAUGGGAAACGGUUUGUUUAUAAAUUCGUUUGUGAUUUGAAACAAUUGUUGGGUUAUAGUGCGGUUGAGUUGGCGAAUUUGGUGAAUUUUGGGAAUGCGCGUGGACAAGUUUAUUGAGAUACUUUGUUGAUAAAGAUUGUUUAUAAUUAAAAAAUUAAGUUAUGGAUUAA